UCCAGGAGAAGACGCUGGGUUUUUUCUUUCUCUCCCCGUCUUCCGAAAAGGAACCACAUUGCGAGGGGGAACUAAGACAGAGUGUAAAUACAAACAACCGCAAAAAGAAGCCAAGAAAAGCUAAGCCCACAGAAGCAAGCACAACACUGUUACAAAACUGUCUGGUUUUGUAACAAUCGCCCCGCCGCCGGCCAAUGAGCGGCUUGGCGGCGCGUCACGUGGUGUCGUUUUAUAUAACACUUUGCUGAGACAAGACAGUUAUUAGGCGGCGCGGGGCGGCCGGCAUGGAGCUCGCGGAGGCAUUGCAGGGACCGGCAAGCGGCAGAGCGGCGGCCGUGGCAGCCCCGAUUCCCUCCAGCCGCCGCUCCCUGCUCCGCGUCCCCGGCCCCUAGACGCCUCUUCCCCACGCAUGUCCCUCUCCCUAUGGAUUCAUUUCAGACUGAACAGAUGCUGAGCUUGCCCGCCGAGCUCUGCAGCAACAACUUAGAGCUGGCGGAGCCGGCGGCAUCACCGGCCCGCGGAGACACGGGCCCCCACCCAGAGGCGGCUACAGAAGGCCCCGCACCUCUACCGACUCGGCCGCUGCCGCAGGAGCGUCCUCCGAGGGCCUCGACGCCGGAGUGCAAAGUCCUGCUCACGCAGGCCGACGCCCUGGCGUCUGGGGGGCGCCUCCGUGAAGCCCUCGAGGUGUACCGACAGCUCUCGGAGCGGCAGCAGCUGGUGGCCGAGCAGCUGGAGCAGCUGGUGCGCUGCCUGGCCGAGAAAGUCCCUCAAGGCGAGGAGCCGGCGCCGGAGCCCCCGGACGGGAGCCGCGGGGCGAGCUGCGCUCUGGCGGCGGAAGAGGCAGGGGCGGCGACGGCCGCCGAGGCCACCGAGGUGUGGGACGGCUUCAAGUGCCGGAAGUGCCAUGGAUUUCUCUCAGACCCCGUGUCCUUGUCCUGCGGACACACCUUUUGUAAACUGUGCCUGGAACGCGGGCGGGCAGCCGACCGGCGCUGUGCGCUGUGCGGGGUCAAACUCUCCGCUUUGAUGGUGGCCACCGGGCGGGCGCGCGGGGCCCGGCGAGCUGGGCAGCAGGCGCCGCCGCUGCGGGUCAACGUGGUGCUCAGCGGCCUCCUCGGGAAGUUGUUCCCGGGCCCGGCAAGGGCGUCGCAACUCCGGCACGAGGGCAACCGGCUGUACCGCGAGCGCCAGGUGGAGGCGGCGCUGCUCAAGUACAACGAGGCAGUUAGGCUGGCUCCAAAUGACCACUUGCUUUACAGCAACCGGUCUCAAAUCUAUUUCACCUUGGAGUCUCAUGAGGAUGCACUGCAUGAUGCAGAAAUAGCAUGUAAGCUCCGCCCCAUGGGGUUUAAGGCACACUUCAGAAAAGCGCAAGCCUUAGCCACCCUAGGCAAGGUGGAGGAAGCACUAAGGGAGUUUCUAUAUUGUGUGUCCCUCGAUGGAAAGAACAAAAGAGCAAGAGCUGAAGCCCAAAGGCUUCUCCUUAGUUUCUUUUCACCAUCAUUCCCGGGGGCUUCUCAGGAACAUUCUCCCGAUAUCCUGAAGCUGUUGGCACCUCACCCUAGAUUAAAGGAACACGUAGAGUCAUUGGCUACUGAAGGCACCAGCCAUAAUCUACCAAAGUUGUCACAGGAAACGCUGGAGCGCCCACAUUGUUCUGGUCAGGAGACGGCAGCAGCCGGGGGGCACAGAGGUAGCCCGGUGAACCUCGUGCCGGUGCAAGGGGACAGGCAGCAAGACGGCCCCGAAGACCAGGAUGGAGCGGAGGAGGAGGGGGCCGCUGCCUCUCCCCAGGCUGCCUCCAGCAAGACCGGCAAAUGCCAGGGGAAGAAAAGGAAGCGCGGCCAACUCGAGCCCCAAGACCCCGAGGUGCCUAGGAAAGCGUCUAAGGCAGAUCCUCCCGCUGCUCCGGGGGCCAAACCUGCUCUCAGUGUUCCACUCGCAUCUUUUGACGCCUCUGACCUUGAAUGCUCCCUCUGUAUGAGAUUAUUCUAUGAGCCAGUCACAACACCUUGUGGACACACCUUUUGCUUAAAAUGCCUUGAAAGAUGCCUAGAUCACAAUGCGAAGUGCCCACUGUGCAAAGAUGGUCUUUCACAGUGCUUGGCAUCAAGAAAGUACAGUAAAAAUGUCAUAAUGGAAGAGCUAAUAGCUAAAUUCCUGCCAGAAGAACUCAAGGAACGAAGAAGGCUUUAUGAAGAGGAAAUGGAAGAACUUUCUAACUUAAAUAAGAACGUGCCUAUUUUCGUGUGUACCAUGGCAUAUCCCACGGUUCCUUGUCCCCUGCACAUCUUUGAGCCUUGUUACCGUCUGAUGAUUCGUAGAUGCAUUGAGACAGGCACACGACAGUUUGGCAUGUGCCUUGGAGAUCCUGUCAAAAGGUUUGCGGAAUAUGGCUGCAUCCUAGAGAUCAGAAAUGUUCAGUUCUUUGCUGAUGGCCGCUCAGUGGUCGACAGCAUAGGCAAGAGACGCUUCAAGGUCCUCCAUCAGGGCCAGCGGGAUGGUUACAACACAGCUGACAUCGAAUACAUUGAAGACCAAAAGGUUCAAGGAGAGGAUUGUGCUGAGCUCAUGGGAUUACAUAACUGUGUCUAUGAGCAAGCGUCGUCAUGGUUUCAUUCACUCAAAUCAUCUCUGAAGAAUCGGAUACUCAAUCAUUUUGGUCCAAUGCCAGAGAAAGAUGCUGAUCCCCAGAUCAACCCCAAUGGCCCGGCCUGGUGCUGGUGGACAUUAGCGGUUCUUCCACUGGAAAGCCGAGCUCAGCUCCCGUUCCUAGCCAUGAGGUCCCUAAAGGAUAGACUGAACGGUAUUCGGCGAGUCCUGGCCUUUAUAUCCCGAAACCAAAACUAGUGAGUGGAUUGCUGAAAAGGAGCUCCCACGCUCCCCUCACCACCAUGGGGGAGUCGUCUUGUAAAUACACCUAACUGCAAUAACAUCUUAGAAGGAAGCAUCAAACAGAGGCAUUAGCGUGCUAUUGAUCAGAAAGAGAUUAAGUAGAAAGACCAAAAGAAUGUGAUCUGUUUGAAACUUUCUUUCUUAAGAUGCUUCUUGACAUGCUGCACAACUACAUGCACAGCAGAGGUUGUUUAAGAGCCCAGAAGAAAAAAAAUUUUUUUUUGAUUUUGACGUAAAAUUUUCUCAAAGUUUAAAGUGAUUUUGCUUUAAUUUUCUGUCUUUCAUAGACGAAUGACUGUGUGGUUGAAAUGUGAUGCCCAGUUACUAAUCAUGUUGCUGCAUUAUUUCACUGACUUUUGAGGUGUCAUUCCAAAUGGUUCAUAUUUUAUAUAGCGUUGUGUAAAAUAAUGUUCAUACUUCCUUCGGUAUUAAUAAUUUAUUUUCUGCACUACCAUAUCCUUUUUUUCUACAUGUAUGUUUGUAACUAUUUAAGUGUGCAUUACUGAAAAAUACUGCUUUAUUUAUUGAUGUGGUUUACCAUGUACCUAGGGGGAAGUAACAAUACUAGAAAUGUGCAAUUUUUGCUUUAACAGUUUUUGCUACAUUUGAUCCCAGUUCUUGAACCAUUUUUGUAUCUAUCCAAUUGGAUGCUUAAAGGAAGUUCAGAAUCAUGCCAAGAUCAUCUAUCCUUACAGAUUCUAUUUUGCUUUCAGUUUGAAUCCAACAAUAUAAAAUACUUAAGGGAUUUGGCAUAGGUUGUGGAAUAAGCCAGGGUACAAUAAAAGUAAUCCAUUUUCUAUGUGUCAUACAGAGCCAGGAUGAAGGAAUUAUUUUCCUGGAAUCAAGAGAUGAAUUAGAGGAGUGUCUUCUAUUACAAUCUCUUAUAGGCAUUUAUUUCAGCAAUCUAAUUACAUCUUAAUUUCUCCCCAGGGCAGUUAGUAAUGGGACUUUCAGGCAGGAUAAUACUUAACCCUUCAGAGGUAAUGGUUUUCAGUCUGGCGUGUCACAGCCAUGCCCAGCUAGCCUCCAUACCUCACCUCUUCUCAGGGUUCUGAGGAUCAGGGCCUGGCUAGCGUGUGUGCAAACACUUGAUGAAGGACGGUUCAUUAUUAAAAGUGUAAAGAAGCCAGGAAAGAGGGUAGAACCCUUUAAGAAACCCUCAAACUAUCUUUUUGGCUUUUAAAUCUUUUCAAAGGAAGCAAUUAAUCCAUGAUUUUAUCUAAACACGGUCUUUCCUCCUCACUGAGAUGGGCCAAAGAUUUCAAUACAGGGGAAGAAUAGUGGUAAAGGGGGUAAGAGUGAGGUCUUGUUUAGCUUGCUUAGUGCCAGUUUGAUUUCUUUAGUGCCAGGACAACCUGAAAACAGGAGUGUUAUAAUGACAGAGUGAAAAGAUUAGGACAGCGAAGAAGUGAAUCGUGUUGUUCCUACCUUCACGCAAAUUAUCCUCCCCCCAUGUGACUCUGGACAGCUGCAGUGCGAGACUCCCACACAGCCCAUCCACUCUGUUCCCGCUAGAGGUUAAUGCCUCAGGUAAUCAGUCUGGCUUCUUCCAUCACCACCUGUGGCCAGAAACAGAAAAGGGAGAAUGAGAUGAUCCAGGCAACAAAAAAGGGAUUCAUGUAAGCAGAAACCAAAUAACCUUUUCUGCACUUUCUUAAUGAACACCGUGUUGUCAGAACAUUAUGUUACCAGGUUUGAUGUUUGGAGCCCAGCUGGGCUGGUAAAGAAUGGAAGCAUAGGUGUGGUUACUGCCUAAGCAAACUCUACAAGGCUCAGGUAGGAGGAAAUGAAAGGCUCCCUCUCCCACCUGGUGCCCAACCAUGUGGUCAUAACACAGUCCUAGGACAGUAAUUUCCUACUGUCUAGUGUAAAUGCAAGAAAGAAAAGGGUCAUAAGUGUCUUGGAUUGCUAGAUGUGUUACUUUUGUGAUUUCACUUUUUCUGAGCACCAGUUUGUCAACUAGCAAGUGGUGGGGAUAAAUACUGCAUGUAGGGUUCUUAUAACAUUACAUGAGAUAAUAUAUAUACAUCACUUAGCAUAGUGCCUAGCACAUAGGAGUCAUUCAACAAAUAGUAGCUACGAUUAGAUUAUUCAUAGUUACAAAUAUCAUCAGGGGACUACAUUGGCAUAAAACCCUGCCUUUACACACAAUACCCAUUUCCAAUUCCUUUAAACUUGGUUGGGGGAAUCCACACCUCUGACUUUCAGACCAUAACUUGAUGAAAUAUUUACAUGUAAUGCCUUUGAGAGUCAAGUCUGUUUGGGAAAAUGAAAAGACUGGAAAACAAAUUAGGGUCAGAGAUAAGGGAGAAUCCCAUACCAGCAAAUUUUUCCUCUUUCAAGAGGGCUAAAAAUUAGUGUUGUUUGGAGGUCUAGAAUUUCUGAUAUAACGAAAGCCUUAAGUUCUAGCUCCAUUAGAAUAACCAUCUCAUCACUUCCUGCUCUCCAAAAUGUAUAAAAUUCCACAUCAUAGAAUAUUUCGCGUUGAUAAGAGAGGACCUAACUCCAGCAAAUGUAGCUUGGCUAGGCAGAAUUGCACUUUUCUCUCAGUAGCCUGGAUACACAUUUGGACUGUUUUACAGCAAGCUUUUGUUUCAGUAGUGGUGGGAGGCAAAGUGCAAGGCUAAGCCUUGGCUUUCUUUGAUAUGUACUUGAAUGGGGUAAUCAAUUGGACAUGACUAUUUCACUACUUGUAAAUUGAUUUUGCUGCAAAGCUUGGGAAUAAAGAGUAUAUACAGGAAAAACAUAAAGGUAAAUCUAGGCCAGAAGGACAAGACUUCCCCCUUGGUAGUUAGUGCCAUUUAUUCAGCUAAUUUUCCUGUUUAUUGUGAUUUACCUAGUCUUUUCCUAGUAGGUUAUUUUCUGUGUGUGUGUGUGUGUGUAUGUAUAUAGAUGUGUGUGUGUGUGUGUGUAUGUAUAUAGAUGUGUGUGUGUGUAUGUAUAUAGAUGUGUGUGUGUAUAUAUAUAUAUAUAUAUAUGAGUGUGUUUGUGUAUAUAUGUACAUGUGUGUAUAUAUAUUAGGUACCAAGCAGACAUUAUGCCUUUCUGCUUUGUACUGUACUAUUGCUGCUAGCUAAUAACCAGCAAAAUGUAGAAAAUGAAAAAUGAUAAAACUAAUUUUCUGUAGACAACUUGGAGAAAAGAGUGCUUGCUCCUUACUCAGUGGGGUAGAGAACUGACUGUGUCAACAGUUUGCCUUUUCUGAAGGCCGACUGCUUCUAGCCCCUUGCUGCUGCAGCAUGCUGGGACUCAUGGAAUCACUGCACAUGUGGCCCUUCCAGUUCUGCCUGUGGAGCCGGACUGGGCUCAGAUAGUCCCAUGUCGCUGGCUGUUGGAGCAGUGGAGCUCUGAGGCUGGUUCACAGCACUCAGAAGUCUCUUACUGUCAAUAGAUCGCAUACUGUUGAUAGACUGGAACCCGCUGGGGGCUGUGUUUCCCCUCACCAACCCCAUUUCCAAGAUGGGAGUUUUAUUCAGGGACUCAUUCCUUGAGUUCCCAACAUGUUGACUUUGCAUCCAUUUCUGUUUCCUAAGGCAGAAUCAUAGCAGAGAUAUGUAAUCGAGAUGCAAAUAGAAGGCAGCCCAAAUAAGGGAAAAGGACAGAUUUUCAGCCCAUUCUUGGGCUUGAGGAAUGAGGUUUUGAUUUGAUAGAAGACAGUUCUGAGAAGCAGCCAGCUGCAUGGGCUGCAAUUUGUGGCCUUUCCUGAGUGCAGAAAGAAGGAAAAGGAGCCAAGUAAAAUGUACACGUUUGGUUCCUCUUAGAAUGAUAGCUCCCACUGUUCGACUAUUUAAUAAUCUGGAUUAUGCACAUCCAGAGGUGAAAUGAAGACAUUUUCCUUUACAAAUGGGUAUUUUCAAAUGAGCUAAAUUAACCUUGAGAGAGAAGUGCCUGUAAUCUCUGUUCCUGGUGUCAUUUUCAAGCUUUUGCUUCGUGACUGUGUAGCCAUUUAAAGUUUACAAAGCAACACUGUAGCUUAUGCAUCAUUUUAAAACUUGCUUGACAUUUAUCUAUAGUCAAAGCAAAAAUAAUAAACAACAACAAAAUCAAAGGAGAGCAAAUAGUUCAAUGUGGCAUCGUAAGCUUAUUAGAUAAACUAGUUCCGUCAUUUUAUGCAGUUCUCAGUAAUGCCAGGAUUAAAAUAUCCAGCAAGCCAUUUAAACAGUGGCAAAUGUGUCUUUGUGUUUGUAAUUCCAGUUGUUUGUUAAGCAGCCAUUUUACUCUUGCACUGUAAUGAGCUGAAAGGGGAAUUAAGAUAAUGCUUUUUUUUUCUUCCCAUAUUGCUAUUCAACUACCUCUAUAUGCUUGAUGUCUCUUUAUGGUCUUCUUUCCUCUAAAUCUGUACAAAAGAAGUUUCAGCUCAUCUAUGUUGUAAUAACAAUGUGAUAUAGACAGUCUCUGUGAAAGCUUGUUGUUCAUUAAAAAAUGUUUCCUGUUGUCUCACUUUGUAUCUAACACAACUCUACCCAUACUUUAGGGCAAGAAUUGCCCAAAUAACUUCAGUUUUUUGGGUUUUUUUUUUUUACGUGGGCCUCUCACUGCUGUGGCCUCUCCCGUUGCGGAGCACAGGCUCCGGAUGCGCAAGCUCAGCAGCCAUGGCUCACGGGCCCAGCCGCUCUGCAGCAUGUGGGAUCUUCCCGGACCAGGGCACGAACCCGUGUCCCCUGCAUCGGCAGGCAGACUCUCAACCACUGCGCCACCAAGGAAGCCCAGUAUCUUUUUGAUGGAAGCUGAAUAGAAAGGAAAGGGAUCAGAACAUCUAUUUUGUUCUUGUUCCUAUUGGUUGUAAUACACUUGACCAGGAGAUCUUCCAAGGAAAUAGACCUGCACUCAGAAAGCAAGCUCUUAUGUACGUGACAGUGAGGCAGGUGUGAACUGAUUAAACUAAUUGUUUAAAAAUGCACCAGAAAAGCUUGUUGUUACUAAUUAUAUUGAACCUUUUUGCUAAUAAUCUGCCCCUACUUUAUUUGUCAAUCCAUUCAUAUAUUGAGUUUGCUUAAAGCAGAGCGCACUACCUACUCUGUUUUCUUUGGCAUGAUAAAAUGUUCAUGAAAGCAAAUUACACGUUUUAUUUCAAUUAAAUGGUUUCUCAACAAUAGGCUAAAGCUAAGGCCCACAGCGUGAACCCUUUGACAGGAAAAUUGGUAAAAUUGACUAGGGCAAUGAGCAAUGUCGACCAAGCUGACUGUGGCACGAGAGCUUCAGCAACAUCUCACCUCCUUUACAGUACAGAUGUUAGUCUCGUGCCGUUGAGGACUUCACACAGGUUCUAUUUUACCACUGAAGAAAAAAGGACAUAGGAGUAAAACAAUUUAAAAAAAACCAAAAUGAUAGAACACUCCACUUGGGCCUGACCUUGUUCUUUGUAACAGGAUCUUUCGGGUAGUUGAGAAAAAUCAGAAUUCCUGCCAACCAGGGCCCAAAGGGGACGCUUGGCUCUGUUGGACUUCGCCCUUCUGUGCCUCGUCUGCUACUGUCUGGUUCUCAUGAGAUAGAGCACACGCUGGCCAAAGGCACGAUCUUCCCUCCGAGGCAGUUCUUCUGCCCAGAAUGCCUGCCUAAUCCUUUCUGGAGAACUGGAUUGGAUCAUCGAAAAAGAAGGUCUUGUUUGAGCAAAGCCAAAGCCAACACUUGCUGCUUCC